AAAACAUUAUGAACCAGGAAGAGGAGGAGUUAAAAUGGCUUCGAAACACCAGGUGGAGAGUUGGACCGAGGAGGCAAUGUGUCCCAUCUGCCUGGAUUUCUUCACCGACCCGGUGGCGCUGGAGUGUGGGCACAACUUCUGCCGCUCAUGUAUCACACGGUUUUGGGACAGGGCGGAGAGAAACUCCUGCCCGGAAUGUGGAGCGGUGUUUGAAGAGCGCACCCUCAGAGUUAGUUGGGCCUUGGCGAGACUGGCUGAGAAAGCUCGAAAUCACAGCCUGUAUCGGAAAGAGGAACGUAAACCUCACUGCGAGGAACAUCAGGAAGAACUGAAGCUGUUUUGUGAAACUGACAAGAAACUGAUCUGUGUGAUUUGUGCAGCUACGCGGGAACACAAGUCUCACAGCUUCAUGGUGAUAGGAGAAGCUGUGGAACUCUAUAAGAAUCAGGUGAAAUCUUCCAUAGAAUCUCUCGCAAAAAAGGAAUCGGAGAUCCAGUUAAUGGAGCAGCAACAGAAACUAAAGAUAUCUGGAGUUCGGGACGAGUCACGCAACCUUAAGUCUCACUUCAAAGCCUGGUUUGUUAAACUGCACCAGAUCCUCUCCGAGAAAGAAAACCGCUUACUCAGAGAUCUCCAGGAAGAAAAGAUGAAGAUUGUAAAUGAGAUGAAGAUAAAGCUGACGCAGAUUGAAAACAAUUUAAAUGAUGUUCAGCGGGAGCUGGUGGAGUUAAAGGAAAGGAUGGAUCAAAAAGACAGCGUGCUAUUUCUGCAGGAUGAAGUUGGUCGGAAGAGCAGGGCGAGUGUUGUUACUGAAUCGUUGCCAGUGACAGAUGCUGUCCCGGCCUUUGAAACGUUCCAUCACCCCUUUGUGUUUAGCACAAUGAUAACAGAAAUAUCUGAUGCUAUUAAGCGGAGUAGCUUACGAACUGACGUCUCCGUCACCCUGGAUGUGGAAACAGCACAUCCGCGGCUCGAGGUGUCUGAGGAUCGGAAGAGGGUGAGAGGGAUUCGGACCGAGAGGAGUCUCCCUGACACCGGAAAGAGGUUUACAGACAGUCCGUGUGUGCUGGGAUCGGAGGGAUUCACAGCCGGGAGACAUUACUGGGAGGUGGAGGUGGCGGGGAGUCAGUGGUGGAGUCUGGGAGUCGCCGCAGAGUCUGUGGAGAGGAAGAGACGGGUCGCACUGACCCCGGAGAAUGGAGUCUGGAGCAUUUGGCGGGGAUGGGGUGACGUGUUUAAUGCGUUCACCUCCCCUCCAUCCCCUCUCCCCGCCCGUCCCAUCCCCGGGAGGGUGGGAGUUUAUCUCAGCUACGAGUCCGGGACAGUUUCAUUUUACGACGCGGACACCAAGUCCCAUCUCCACACCUUCACUGGGAAUAAAUUCACGGAGAAACUUUAUCCUUACUUCGCGACUUGCCAUGAAAACCAGUGGCUGAGAAUCUGCUCCGGUUCUGCUCCGGGUGUGUAAAAGGGUCGGGUCCCGGGACCGGCGUUAGGAGACUGUGGGGCAGAAACCCGGUGGACAACAGGUCGGCGCUGAACGGCUCCCAUUUAAUCCCCAAAUUCCGCGUCGUAAAACCCCAGUGAGCGUGGAAAUAAAACCAGGGGGGAUGUAAAUGUGGGAAGAGUGAAAUAAACAGCAACUGAAAUCAGA